CCCCUAAACAGCUGUUAGCCAAGCUCUACCUGGCAGAGACCCAUGAUCCGAACGACUCCUCACGGUCCCGGAACCUCCCCAGAUUACCAUUCCUUUUGUUUCGAUAAGGCCCUCGUCUGGGCUCCGGAUCUGGAAAAGUUGACCUUCUGACGUUCGAGAAGGCGACUUCAACGUCGUGCUUCGCGACUACAUCGACAUGCACGCUACAUAGCUGAACGUCUUGUGAUUUGGACCGAAUGCACAUGACCUGAUACACCUUGGCUUCUCUCUAAUUUUCUCUAUACCCACGUUCGCUACUACAAUGUCCACUUCCAAGGCUGUCGCACCGUACAGCGUCCCUCUCUCCCAGGAAUUCGAUGGCAACGAUGGGAGUUGGAGCACGUUCAAAAUUAGUGUGGGGAUACCAGGCCAGGACUUUCGCGUACUUCCAUCCACCAAGAGCGGCGUCACAUACGUGAUAUCACCUGAGGGGUGCAAUCAACCGACCGAUCCUACGAAUUGCGCAAACUUGCGCGGCGCAGAGAUAUUCGAUUCGACACAGAAUACGGGGUUUCAGGUCGCACGAUCGACGCAAUGGUCGGCAAUAGGGCAAUACGGUGUGGAUCUGGAGGAUGCAUUGAACAUGACCGCAGAAGGACUGUUUGGAUAUGACCAUGUUGUGCUGGGUGCUGCCGUGGACACCGAUUCAGACGCCAACGUCACGUCGAUCGAUCAUCAAGUCGUCGCUGCGAUUGCGGACAUGGAUUACUUCAUGGGGGUCCUCCCACUGGGUCAGGCAGAGUCCAGUUUCUCAAGCUUAAGCGGGGCCCAAAAGUCUCUCAUCUGGAACCUUCGGAACAGCUCUCGGAUACCGAGUCUGUCCUACGCAUAUACAGCUGGCGCAAAGUAUAGACUCAAGUCGGUGUUCGGAAGCUUGAUCUUGGGUGGUUAUGACUCGACACGAUUUACGCCGAAUGCGAACGAUUUCUCUUUUACCUUUUCGUCGGACCCUUCGAAACUGCUCACGGUUGGCGUAGAGAGUAUCAUGGCCACGAACACCUUGAAGGGAACCUUCUCACUGUCUUCUGGAGCACAUUUCUCGGUCAUCGACUCGACAGUAGCUCAACUCUGGCUACCAACAGACAUAUGUACACAGUUCGAGCAAGCAUUCGGCCUCACAUACGAUCCAUACACCGACCUUUACCUCGUAAACGACACAAUACACGCCAAUCUCACAGCACUCAACCCUAUCAUCACAGUGAAGCUAGUCAACUCGCUACAGGACACAGCGACGAAAUACACGAAUAUCCAGCUACCAUACGCAGCAUUCGAUCUUCAAGCCUCCUACCCGUACUACGCAAACGCUACAAGAUACUUUCCUAUCCGCCGCGCUGCAAACGAUACACAAUACGUACUUGGGCGGACGCUCUUACAGGAGGCAUACAUAAUAGUAGAUUACGAGAGGGCAAACUUCACGGUUGCCCAGGCCACGUUCCCUGACCCGCUCCCGGCCGCACAGGUCGUUACAAUCCACCCACCAAAUGAUGGGACCAACAACGGCUCUUCGUCCUCAUCACUUGGCGCCGGCGCUAUAGCCGGUAUCGUAGUCGGCGUCGUCCUCUUGCUCGCCCUCCUUGGUCUCGCCGCCUUCUUCUUCUUCCGCAAACGCCGCCAAAACACACGAAAGUACGAACUCGCCACCACCGAAGUCUCAGACACAGGGUCGAAACACCAUCUCACUGGCGCUGGCAACAACACCGCCAUGAAAGCUCCCGCGCCGCUCCCACCACAAGAGAUGGGCGGCACACCGCUCACCGAGCUUGCUUCGCCGGCCGUCAUGGCGUUCCCAUCAGAACAAAAGCGAGCUAUCAGCUUGAACAGCAUACCAGCAGAACUACACGCUGAGAGCGCAGUACCCUACUCACCUGCGACUACGGCGAGGUGGAAGGAAGCCCGUCUGCCGCGACCGGAUGGCUACAAGGAGAAUGAAAGAGAUGGGGAGAGCAGUGGGAUACCAACUGAGAACAUGAGUUGGGCGCCGAGCGAUGAUGCUACCAUCAACUCGCCGAGAAGUGCGGGACAUGGGAUGGGCGUCAGUCCGUUGACGGAGAUGUUUGGGAAGCAUUGAGCUGAACGUGGGUCAUGCGACCGUGAUUUACAGGCGUUAUAUGGAAGACAGAAAGGCAACACUGUUCAUUGUUUAAGAGAUACCACUUGUAUAUAUGGGCUGGACGUCUAUUUUGACAUAGGUCAUGUUUGUAGACGCAUAAUCCUCAAAUUAAGACAUUCUACGUUGCACAUGCAUAAGGCAACGCGUCGAACUGCGUCUUGCUCAGUCGAC